GAAAGAGCAUUGAAACGCGCCAGAGACCUGGAGAUGCAGAGAGACAGAGUGGGGCAGAGCUAGAGGGACAGGCGGACCGGCGGAGGGGGCCAGUGGCAGGGCUGGAGUUGCAGGAGUGGGCGGGGGGCGAGGAGCGUGCGGAGCCGGCGCGGGACGGCGGGUGCACCGGGAGGCAGGGGGCCUUUGGGGCCGUCCCCCGCCCGGCCCGCGCUCCCCCGCCGCCGCCGCCGCCCCGCCCGGCCACACUCACCCGCAGCCUAAUGACCGCAGCCAAGCCCGCGACGCGCGGCCCGCGCCCGCUGCAGGCGGCCGUCAGCUGGCAGCGCGGGGCAAGCCGGGGGCCCGCGAGCGCCGCCGCGACUGUGGCAGCCCCCCCACUCGCCGGGCCUGAUUGAUUUGUCAGCCGAGGCGACACAGCAGCCCCUGUGAUCCGCGCGCCCCAGCCUCGGCUUCCCGGGCCUCCCUCCCCGCGCCUCGCCCGCUCCGGGGCCGCCUCGCAGGCUGGAGCGCCCCGCCGGCCAGCUAACCAAGCCCCCCGACCCCCCGCCCCGGCCCCCGCGCCCCUGCCCGGGCCCCCACACCUCGCACUUCCUCUGGUCCGGCCGGCUUCACCCGCACGCCCUAGGGCUGCCAAGUGCCCCGUCGCCCCCUCUGGGCACUGUGCCAGCCCUCCCAGCCCUCACCCUGCCGCUCGCCCCCAGUCCCGCACCGCCGCCCCCCACACCCGGGCCCUGGCCCGGGGGUGCCCGCAGAACCAGCUACACCCGCUGCGGAGGACUCGGAAAGACCAUGCCGUCCAUCAGCAGUGACCGAGCUGCACUGUGUGCUGGCUGUGGGGGCAAGAUCUCUGACCGCUACUACCUGCUGGCUGUGGACAAGCAGUGGCACAUGCGCUGCCUCAAGUGCUGUGAGUGCAAACUCAACCUGGAGUCAGAGCUCACCUGUUUCAGCAAGGAUGGAAGCAUCUACUGCAAGGAAGACUACUACAGGAGGUUCUCUGUGCAGCGCUGUGCCCGCUGCCACCUGGGCAUAUCGGCCUCCGAGAUGGUGAUGCGUGCCCGGGACUUGGUUUAUCACCUCAACUGCUUCACAUGCACCACGUGUAACAAGAUGCUGACCACAGGUGACCACUUCGGCAUGAAGGACAGUCUGGUCUACUGCCGCUUGCACUUCGAGGCGCUACUGCAGGGCGAAUACCCCGCGCACUUCAACCAUGCCGACGUGGCAGCCGCCGCAGCCGCUGCCGCUGCCGCCAAGAGCGCGGGGCUAGGUGCAGCCGGGGCCAACCCGUUGGGUCUUCCUUACUACAACGGCGUGGGCACAGUACAGAAGGGGCGACCGAGAAAGCGCAAGAGCCCCGGCCCCGGGGCGGAUCUGGCAGCCUACAACGCUGCGCUGAGCUGCAAUGAGAAUGAUGCUGAACAUCUGGACCGUGACCAGCCCUACCCGAGCAGCCAGAAGACCAAGCGAAUGCGCACCUCCUUCAAACACCACCAGCUGCGGACCAUGAAGUCUUACUUUGCCAUUAACCACAACCCCGACGCCAAGGACUUGAAGCAGCUUGCUCAAAAAACAGGCCUCACCAAGCGAGUCCUCCAGGUCUGGUUUCAGAAUGCCCGGGCCAAGUUCAGGCGCAACCUCUUACGGCAGGAAAACACGGGUGUGGACAAGUCAACAGAGGCAGCGCUGCAAACGGGGACUCCAUCCGGGCCGGCCUCAGAGCUGUCCAACGCCUCGCUGAGCCCCUCCAGCACUCCCACCACCCUCACAGACUUGACUAGCCCCACCCUGCCAACUGUGACGUCCGUCUUAACUUCUGUGCCUGGCAACCUGGAGGGUCACGAGCCUCACAGUCCCUCACAAACGACUCUUACCAACCUUUUCUAAUGACUCGCGCCCCUCCCUCACCCCACCCUUCAAUUUCUUUAAAAAAGAAAUUAUCUUUAGUUGAAUUCCAAGUGUAUUUUUAAAUAGAGGCUUUGAGCAACUAACUAACCACAUUUUAGGAUCUCGCCUGGAAACAGAGGAAGAAAAUAAUUGCCUGUCGGGCUAACACAGCGGUGUGGACUGAGGAAUUACUUGGAAGAUCUACCUGCAACACAACAUUUGUGUCCCUGUACAGUUUUGUGGACUGAGCGAGGAAAAAAAAACAAAUAAUUUAAGUUGGCUAGAGCUUCUGUAUUUUCAAAGACUGCCACGUGCCUUAGGAAUACUGUUUUAUCUCCAUACUUUGGAUGACUUGUUCAUUUUUCUCUCCCUCUUUUUCUCUCUGUAUAUUUAUGACCAGAGCAAAAAUGUAAAAAAGAAAAAAAAAGAAAAAAGUUUGUUACUUUGAAUAGUCCUAAAAAGAAGAAAAAAAAAAGGAAAAAUCAAA